AUGCAGCACUUCAUCACCGGCGGGGGUCAGAAGCCCCAGAGGUUUCAUCGCUUCGUAGAGCUCUGCUGUGAAGCCUACAACGGAAUACGACGACGCACCACCCUGGUGCUCAGCCUACUGCAGCUGGUCAGUAUACAUCUUAAUAACACCUUGGUAACACUUUAUGAAGCAUUAUGACAGGCUUAUGACACCUUGGUAAUUAUGAGUGGCUUAUGACCACCCUGGUGCUCAGCCUACUGCAGCUGGUCAGUAUACAUCUUAAUAACACCUUGGUAACACUUUAUGAAGCAUUAUGACAGGCUUAUGACACCUUGGUAAUUAUGAGUGGCUUAUGACACCUUGGUAAUUAUGAGUGGCUUAUGACCACCCUGGUGCUCAGCCUACGGCAGCUGGUCAGUAUACAUCUUAAUAAAACCUUAGUAACACUUUAUGAAGCAUUAUGACAGGCUUAUGACAUUGUCAUGAAGGUGUUACAUUGUACAAUCAUUGAAUGCGUGCCUGUGUGUGUGUAGAUGCUGGGUGCAGGCAUGCCGGAGCUGAAGGACAUCCAGGACCUGCAGUAUGUUCAGAACAACCUGAAACCCCAGGACUCUGAGAUGGAAGCUACGUCCUACUUCACCAAGUAAUAUGACUCUCACACUGCCACUCCUCUUCACCCCUCCUCUUCUCUUUCAACUUACAUACAGAGACACUCCUACUGUGCUAUUGUUACACACAAGACACAUCUUUCCAUCUCUCUCUGGGAUCCUUCCAAGUAGCGGCCUUUUAAUGUCCAUAUAUAUGAACCUAAAAACUAUAGGUUUUGCCUGUCAUCCAUCCAUACUUCUGUCUUGCAGGAAGAUCAAGGAGAGCAUGGGUAGCUUCCCGGUCAAGCUCAACUUCCUGAUCCACACCAUGGUCCAGUCAUCUGGGAAGAAGCUGGCACCGCCCAGCCCUGCUCAGAGCUCCUCCCCCAACACCAACAUCCAGGAAGCUGUCAUACAGAAGUACACCGUGAAGGGCAAGGAUGUGGUGAGUGUCUCUGCCCCUAAGCAAUGUGGUGAAAUUUGGUAGCUUCAUCUUGUCCUCUGAUAGGCCAGGUGAAAUUGUUGCAAUAUCGUUUAAGGCGUCUGCAUGCUUCCCAGCCGAAACAGUUCGGAACAGUUUGUGCAUAUAUUAUGAUGACAUUUUGUGACGUUUUUGUUCGUUUUGGACUUUUUGUAAGGGUUUUUUAGACUGUUUGGGCACACACAUUUUUUUGUAAAGGCAAGCCGUAGUCUACGCCCCUUCGUCAGUGAUUGGUCAACAUUAGGGAUUCUUCAAUAAAGUCUUUCUUGUCAUUCAACGAGAGAUUACUUGUUUUCAUGCACAUUUUUUCAGUGAGAAAUACUGCACCAAACAUCUUAGUUAGAUGUAAUAUUUAUUGAGUUAUCUUAGAUUAAUUCGGACUAUUUUGAGGAAGUGAAUACUGGCUACGGUGUCUCAAAAUGGACAAACAGUACUAUUGCCGCUCUUUUCUUGUUUUCCAAGCGAAGGUCUUUUAAGGGAGAACACGCAUUCGGUUCGCUUAGUCGACUUCGGCUAGACGCCAGACGAACUGAAGCAUGCUGACUCCUUUACACCUAUCAGAUACACAGCAUUUUCCUCAUUGGGCCUAAGCAUUGAACUACUAUGGCCAUUUUAAGCUCACUGUCAAUAUAUACAGUAGUAAAAAGUUACUUUUAAAACACUUAGGCCUAUGCCAUGUGCUAAACUCUCAAUUUGUCUGGUUGCUAGGAGAUGGGUUCUCUGUCUUGUUGCUAGGAGAUGGGUUCUCUGUCUGGUGGCUAGGGAGAUGGGUUGUCCGUCUACGUGGAACGCAAAAGGGUUCUACCAUAAAGGGUGCUCCUCUGGGGACAGCCGAAUAACCUUUUUUUCUAAGAGUGAAUCCUAAAAUCACUUUUACAAGUGUAAUUAUAAAGAGAGAUAAUGUGAUAAUGAUAUGAUGUGUGAUAAAUGUGUGAUUUUAAUCAAAUAAUUACUUCAGUCGACCUGUCAAUGCCAUACUGCUCCAGAGCAGUUUAACCCUCCCGUUGUCCUAGGGUCAAAAUGACCCGCCACUGUGUUGAACCAACUUUAUUUAAUUGUUUAUAUUUUGGGGAUCGUUUGUGAGAAGGAGGCAGUGAGACUUUAAAGAAAGUAUCACUGCCUCCUUCUCACAAACGAUCCAGAAAAAUAUAAAAAUUAAAUAAAGUUGGUUCAACACAGUGGCGGGUCAUUUUGACCCUAAGACAACGGGAGGGUUUUAAAUUAAAGUGUACUUCAUUGUGUCUUCGGAAGACUUUUUGAUGAUGUGUAAUUUCAGACUUAUGAGUUGAGGGUGACCAUUGAGGACGGCUUCCUGAUCAGUGAGAAGACGUUUGGCCAGUUUGAGCUGAUCCACAGAGAGCUGAAGAAACACUUCAUCGAGUCUACGCUCCCACAGUGAGUCUGAGUCACCAUACUAUUGAAUUGCACCAACUUUGUGCUGUACUCGCUCCUUGACACACAUAAAGUGUGUCCCAUUUCAUGUGAAUGCAUUCAAUUAAAUUGAAUUCAUAUUUAUUCAUGCUCUUUUCAUUAUUGGUUAGAUUCCCCAAAUGGUUCAAGAUGUCGUUCACUCCAGGCAGAAAAAUGUCCCUGCUCAACAAGUAUCUGAAGGAACUGUUCGAAGGACCGUGUAAGGGGGUAUGUCUCAGUCCUCCUUCCUCCUUUUUCGUCCUCUUCUUCUUAGUCUUUUUAUUCUAGUCAUGGAAAAGCUGUCAUUGUUUGAUCUUCACUGUUUGAAUCCCAUGAACUGACCGUGGCCCUAAAGCAUAUUUAAUUGUGCCAUCUGCAGAAUGAGUAUGUGUGCAGGUUGUUUCUGGAUGGACCCAAGACCGGGACUCCCAACUCUGUGAAAUCAGACAGAGGUAAUAUACUGCUUCAUUAAGCACCACUUCUUUGUGGGCGGCAGGUAGUCUAGCGUUGGGCCAGUAACCGAAAGGUCGCUGGUUUGAAUCCCUGAGCCGACUAGGUGAAAGAUUUUUCGAUGUGCCCUUGAGCAAGUUACUUAACCCUAAUUGCUCCUAUAAGUCGCUCUGGAUAAGAGCGUCUGCUAAAUGACUAAAAUGUCAAUGUAAAAUGAUAUGCUUCUUUAUGUUUGAAAUCUGCCAAUUGAUUACCUAAAAUAAUAGGGUAACAUAAUUUUGCAAUAAAAGCUUUUGUUCAAGGGUUUGUGGGGGGGGCUGUCUGUUCAAUGAGGUCGUUUCUGGACAAUAUUUCUAUCAAUUUAGGCCAGGGAACCUUUUUGGCUCAAGAGCACCCCUAGAGGCAAAUGUUAUGUAUAGUAUCUUUAACUGUUAACCGUUGUGUUGUAGACGGUCAACCCCAGAUUCAGCUCUACAUGUCCUACAACGACCACAAGCUCUCAGUCCUGGUCAAACACCUCAAGAACAUUGUGAGUAGGGUUCUUCUUCUUCUUCUUCUUCUUCUUCUUCUUCUUCUUCUUCUUCUUCUUCUUCUUCUUCUUCUUCUUCACCACUAACUGCUGUACUUGUCUCUCUGCUCUAAUACAUCAGAAUUUGGCCAAUGGUUCGUGUCCAGAUGCCUAUGUGGUCACCAGGCUGAGGCCGGACCCCCUCAACAGGUCCAAGAGGAAGACCAAGGUGGUCCGCAACAACCACAACCCUACCUUCAAUGAACUGGUACAUAAAGGAUCACUCAUAUAUUUACUUGUUGAGAAACUCUAAAUUAAUGUAUGCCCGUAAGCAAAGGGAAGAAUGAAUAUUAAACUGUCCCUUUAGCAGUGUGAGCAGCAAGUUACCUAAAGUUGUGCCUCAACACAUCUUCAAUUACGAAACAGUCAUACGUACUUUAGUCUGAUUUUUUUCUAUAGCUAGAAUGGCAGCCUCUGUUUUGAGUCAUUUAUGACAAUAGGUCUUCUGUGAACUGUCCUCAUUAAGCAAUAUAAGGCUUGUAGACUGGAGAGCCAUGGGGCAGAGUCCACUGGCUUCAUCACAUCAAUCAUGUAGACACUGUGGGUGUGUAGACACUGUGUGUGGUGGUGGUGCAGAUGAGAGGAAGUAGUUUGCGUUUAGUAAUGGCCAGAAAUGACCUGUGCUACAUUUCUAAUCUGUCUCUGGGGUUUAGGUUAAAGGCAAAAAAAGACAUGUUUCAAAUAUUUAAAAAAGUAAAAAUGAAUAACAAAGUGUUGUCCUUCUCUGUCUGUCUUUAGAUAGAGUACCGUGACGUGUUGUCUUUGCAAGGCCGCGUGUUAGAGGUGACGGUGAAGAGCAGGAAGGCCUUUGUGGCCGUGACCAAUGUCAGACUGGAACAGAAGAACAUGGACACUGAGGAGUGGUUCCUACUGGACAAUCGGAUGCAUAGUGCCUUUUCAUUAGGGCGCAUCGCAGCAUAA